CGCCGGCAGGAAGGUCAAGAGCAAUGCGGAUCUCUGCAAGGAUAUCCGAGAAUUUUUAUCGGCGGUGGGUCUACCGGAGGAUCAUGUCCCCUCAAUGAAGGAGUUUUCACAAUAUGGAAGGCAAGACCUUGCAAAUAUUGUCCGACGGAGAGGAUAUAAACUUAUUAGAGAACUUCUUGCAACCUCAACAGAGACAAAUGUCAAUGGGUCUGAUGCGGAAGAAGGCUUGGUGGAAAAAAAGGACACAGUUAGUGCUAGCUUGGAUGAAUUAGCAGGUCAGGAUGAGACAGUGAAAGAUUUUGGUGAAGUGUUUUCCUGGUCAAGAGAAGAUCUCAGCAUGAAAGACAAUAUAAGUACCAUGAAUAUUGAUAGGGAUCUCAUUUCUGAUGACCAAAGUUCCAUUUCCACAGAGUCUUCAGCUAAUUCAUCUUUGCAGGAAAAGGUAGCCAAAUUUAUCCAAAUUGGAGAAUUGGAUACAAUUGAGGGUAAGCUGUGA